AUGAGCCAAUAUUCUCCCCAACGACCAAGACGCGACCGGCCUCCGUUUGAGGUUGGACACAUUUCCACAGCAAACGUCGGCACAAAAGCCGGUGGCACCUCGCCUGCUCUAUCACCAUCUUCGCCCACGGUUUCCAGGGAAUCUGCCUUCUUGUCGUGGAGAAUGAACAGAAGCGCUGGGAAUCUGCUUAAACAACUAGAAGGAAAGAGAGGCGGUGAAGGUGUGGGUUAUGCGCAGUUUGAUGACGAGCAACGAGGAGAAGUACCUGGUGUCGAACUGAAAGAAUUUGCAGCAGAGGAUUACAACCCUGAAGCGUAUAUUGCAAAGACAUUGGCCAAUGCUACAGAAGAAGGAGUUCGGGUGUUCUAUGAUAAACUGCGCGAAUCCAAGGAUGUGGCUGCUACAGUAUUGCAAAAGAAUGUAUACGAAAACUAUAAUGAAUUUGUUACAAUAUCAAAGGAAAUUUCAAAUAUCCUUGCUUUAACGCGGACGAUCAGUGAUAUGCUAGUGCUUAGAAGUUUUCUUAACGAGUUGCGAAACGUAAGCGACAAUUUACGCGAAGAUUCUACUGUUGAUUCAGUCACAACUGACUCGGUGAUAUCUGUUGCUGCUGACCCAAUCAUAUCUAGAAGUCGUAAGCCGGUAACGAAUAAUGCUGCAGAUUUGCAGGCAAUAUGGAAAGCGCAGAUUGAGGCUUUAUGGGAGAAUGUAGAAGGUGCUCAGGCUCUAGUUCCAUUCCAGCGUGGUCGUCACGUCAUUCGAGAAAUAUCCAGUUUUGUUGAAAUCAACCCAAAAUCAAAUAAAUUAAAACAAGGAGUGCAAAUGUUCUUGUUGACCGACUGUUUGUUAGUUGCUAACAAGAGAAAGCAGGGAAUGUCAAUGAGAGUCAAACUUGUAGCCGAUAAAUGCUGGCCGUUGAAUGAAAUUACUAUUAUUGAUAUGAAAGAUACGAGCGAACACGAAAAUAUCAUAAAGAUUCUCAAACAUCCCGUCGACACUUUUCUAUACAAAUGCGGUAAGCCUGAGGAGAAAAUGACUUUGAUAAGCAUGGCCAAGCGUGCCGCUGAAGUGAUGAUGUUGGUCAAAUCUAAUGGUGGGGAACAAAGAAAUAGCGACACUAUGCUGCCUAUCGAUGAACAGAAACUUAAUCAAUCAGCCAAUAACUCCUCCCGUCGUGGUAGGAGUAUGUUAGAGCCAUCAGUACCCAGUACGCCUAUGCCUCGCACCCCAUUAUCUGGAACUAGAGAUGCACACGCAAUGGAUCCUCGGGAGAUUGAAGAUUUAAUGGAUCAGCUUGACGUAUUUAUUGCGCUGAGAGAAUUUGAUGAGGCUGUAGACAGUAUUAAAAAACUCAAGAGUGCAAUUGGUGGACUACAAUCAGAUCCUAUCAAAAUGGAGUCACUUCGAAGUAAAGUAGAUGAGCGUGUUGUUCGCUUAUCCGAUGCCAUCAGUAGGGAUCUGACUACUCCUGACAUUAAGAAGGCACAAAUGCAGAAGAGUGUGAAAUUGUUGUUGAGGCUGGGAUAUGGCGAACAGGCACGUCGAAUGUUUCUUACUGCACGGAGUGGGAUCAUAAGAAUAAGAACAAGACAAUUAAAAUUCGAAGGAGAUAUACCACAGUACAUAAACGAGCUCUCGCUUGUCUAUUUCACAUUGAUUAAGAAUACGUGUGCUUGGUACAAUUCAGCGUUCAAGGAUACGAGAAUGGCAUCAGGUCUUGUCAAGUGGGCAAAGGAAGAGAUGGAACGUUAUGCAGAUAUGUUCAGAAGACAGGUUUAUACCGUUCGGAAUCAAGAUGAACAAACGGUGGAGAAAUGUCUCCGGUGCACGAGACAACACUGUUCUAUACUUACCGAUGUUGGUUUGGAUCUCAGAUUCCUAUUGGAAAGUCUAUUACAACCAUCCAAGGGUGAAUCUCGUGAUAGUGAAUACUAUGAUAACGAGGAUGACGAUGAUUUCCUGGUGACUUAUGUUGUAUCAUGA